AGCUCCUGUAGUGUGAGAAAAUUAAAUAUGCACAUGCAUGUUUAGAAUGCUAUACACUGCUGUCUCUACUCCCUGAGCGGUGUCUGUGUGCAUGCGUGUCAAAAGUACAGGGCAAAUGUCCAGGACACUCAGUCUCUCACACUGACAUUUUCACACAGUAAAUGUGAGGUUUAAAAUAACUACAUACGCAACAUGCUACACAUUUCUCUUUAAGAAGCACAUGCAUACACAUAUAUUAUAGAGUGAACUUUUAACACACCAUUUGAAAUAUAGAGAAGACAGAAGACUUACACCAAUAGAUGAGAUGAGGGUAUGCAAAUGACCAGAAUAAACAGCAUUUCUUGCUGUCUUAAUGAAAAGUGUGCGGUCUCUACUUCAGACUUUACUGAUGUCAAUAAUGAUCUGAACAAAGGCCUAGAGACAUUAGAACAAAAUACCAAUGCCAGUUCUUUCAUAAACACAUCACAACCAUGGACAACUGUCAGAACUACAAGUGCAUAUAUAUUCUAUUCUGAAUAAGACACAUCCAAAACUUAAAGCAAAUCAGGAUUCCAAAAUUGUAGGUUUGUAUUGUACAAUGUAUUUUAGCCACACCGUAAACCCCACCCCACCGGCGCCACUGAAAUCUACAUGUAUUUAAUAGAGCUUGCUCAGUGAGGCAGGACGUCCCUUUCUAGAGCAGUUAAUACUGUCCCACAGUGUUAGAAUGAACUUUCAACCACAAUCUGGACAGCAAAUCAGUCACUUGGUUGAAAAAAGUUAAAGACCCACCUCUUCUCUGAACACUUAACUAACCCUAACUUAUCCACACUCCAAAAAAACACCACCACCUCUGUGCACUUUGUUCCUGUAGCACUCAGAUUACAAAUCUUGUAUAGAAACCCUGUUUGUAUUGUCCUCUGCUUCUUUUUUUUUUUUUACAGAUUUGCCUGUACUGCAUCAUUUGUAAGACACUUUGAAUAAAAGGCUUUUCUAAAGGAUUAAAUUUAAUACACACACACAACUUUUCCACCAGGCUCAGAAAUGGCAUUUUACACCUAAAAAGACAUCACAAGCAGGUUCUAUAGAAGUGUGGGGCGGGGAUACUGCUGAAGAGGAAGGAGAGAAUGCGAUGAGAGAGAGAAAGGGGGUAGGAGGGGGUAUACAGAGGAACUGCAGCUCAGCACAAAGAUGGCUACAGUUCCCUUCGGCUCAAAUCCUGAGUCACCUUGUUUGCCAAAGAGGCAUAUCCUUCUGCUGGGGUAUCGUGGCACUGGGAAGACCUCAUCCUGCAUCACCAUUACUGGCCAAGAGGAUAUUCAGAACAGGCCUUGCACAGAAGAACCUGUUCUCUACACAAAGACAUUGGGAAGCGGCCAUCUUCUUGUGGUGGACACACCUGGAUGGAAUUUGGAUAAUGGAGAUGCAGCAGGAGAAAAGCUGGACAGCCAGAACUCCACAGUGGCCUAUAUCAGGCACUUGUGUUACCCAGGUAUCCAUGCUGUCCUGCUGGUGGUGCCAAUUGGAGAGCCAUUUACUGAACACCACAGAAAGGGCAUGGUGGAUCGCAUGGAGGCAGCCGGGACAGACGUGUGGAAGUUCUCUAUAGUAUUGUUCACCAGGGCAGAUAGGCUCUGGGGCAACACCAUAGAAGAGUUUAUCACAGAAGGUGGAAAGGCACUUCAGAGAUUGGUGGACAGGUGUGGGAACCGAUAUCAUGCUCUGGACAACACCUGCACUGACAACUGCACACAAGUUAAUGAACUUCUGCAAAAGUUGGAAGAAAUGGUGCAGGAGAAUGAGGGAUCCUUCUUUGCAAUGAAUGAGAGGAUUGAGACACAUUCAAGCAAAUGGAUGUUGCAAGAAGAGGGAGAGGAAGAACAAAUGCGAAUGUUCACUGGUGAUACAGAGGUGACAUCACCAAUGUUUAGAUCACCACCACGAGAGUUGCGCAUGCUGUUAGUGGGAUGGCAAGGCUCAGGCAAAAGUUCAGCAGGAAACAUGAUCUUGGGUGCACACAAGUUUGAAUCUGGUUUUCAUACCAAAGUGUCUUUGCGCCAUCAGGCUCACGUUAAUGGGCGGCGUGUGACAAUAGUGGACACACCAGGCUGGGACUGGUCUUCCGUCCAUCGCACGCCUCGUUCUGUCAGAAAGGAAAUCAAACGAGGGGCGGGUCUGCUUCACCCUGGACCACAUGCUCUCUUACUGGUCAUUCCAGUCAUUUCCACUCUCACUACCAGGAAGAGACGAGCCCUUAAGAGCCACUUGGAGAUGUUUGGUGAGGACGCCUCUUUCCACACCAUAGUACUGUUCUCUUGUGGUGACUGGCUAGGCUGUACACCGAUUGAGGAGCAUCUCCAAAGAGAUGGUGGGCAAUUGUUGAGGCUGAUGGAGCACUGCUUGAAUUUCUAUCAUGUGCUGGACAGCACUAAUGUAAAGAGGGGUCAAGAACAGGUCGGUGAGCUUCUGCUUAAAGUAGAAGAAAUGGUGGCACAGAAUGAAGAACAGCCGUUCUUACCUGUCAAAUUGUAUGAAGAAGAAGAAGACGAGACAUUGUGUGAGAAAUGCACUCUGCAGUGAGAAACCAAAUGAACAGCCCUUUUGUAACACAAAUGUUAACACACAUUUUGCAUUUCAAAUCUGAUUAUUUGGUCAAAAGUUUCAGUAAAGGGGGUUUUCUGAAGAAACUUGAAUUAUGAUGAGUGAGCUGUCCUUUUUUAAAUAAUAAUAUUGGCUUUAUCAUCUAAAAUAAUUUAUUUUUCCAUAUCCUACGUGUAUAUAAUCAUAUAGAUAUUAGUAU